AACUCGAGUACUACAACAUUUUUUAGUAUUUCAAUGAUUACAUGUUCGUUAACGUGCAUUUAGAUAUGAAUUGUGUUUUGUGUAUCUGUGAUGAAAUAAAAUGGAUAUAAAAGAUUCAAUAGAACAGGAUUACAAUCCUUUUGAACAUCGUAAUGUGAAAAAACCAAAUUCUGAUAUAAGAUCAUUAGCAAAUUUAAUCAAAGCAUCUCUAGGUUCAGGACUACUCGCAAUUCCUCUGGCAUUCGCUAACUCAGGAUGGGUUUUAGGAAUUGUCUGUACAGUCAUUAUAGCAUUUAUUUGUUGCCACUGCGUUUAUAUCUUUGUGCAGACAUCACACGGUUGUUGUCGUGUUGUGAGAAAGCCUUUAUUGGGAUAUGCUGAGACUUGCCAAGUAGCUUUUCAAGUUGGUCCAAAACAAAUACGACCGUACGCUAAAUGGGCGAGCAUAUUCGCGGAAUUUUCAUUGGUAUUCACGUAUGUCGGAGUAUGUUGUAUAUUUACGGUACUUAUUGCUGAUUCUAUUAAACAAAUUUUCGACCGAUACGUAACAACUGUAGAUUUGCCAGUAGAAUAUUAUUGUUUGAUACUGCUCAUCCCACUUUGUGUGAUGUGCCAAAUCAGAUAUUUAAAGUGGUUAGCGCCUUUCUCUUUGCUUGCCAACAUUUUGCUAGUUGCAACGUUUGCUAUUUGCUUAUACUAUAUUUUCAAAGACGAAAUAAAUUUCGCUGAUAAAAAACUAAUUGGAGAUGGCGCCAGAUUUCCAAUUUUUCUCUCAACAGUAAUAUUCGCGAUGGAAGGCAUGGGUGUGGUUAUGCCCGUGGAGAACUCCAUGAAGAAACCUCAACAUUUCCUUGGCUGGGGAGGAGUUCUGGUCAUUGCUAUGACACUCAUCAUGUUACUGUAUACAACACUAGGCCUGUUCGGAUACUUUAGAUAUGGCGAUGCUCUGAGAGGAUCAAUCACGUUGAAUCUACCUAUUGACGAUUGGCCUGCAAUUUGUGCGAAGGUAUUCAUAGCGUUGUCUAUUCUAUUCACAUACCCACUGCACUUCUAUGUUGUACUGGAUAUAUUUACGAAGUACACCGAGCCGCAUAUUAAAGAAAACUAUAAGUCAAUCACGCAAAUUGUUGCACGGAUUGCUGUUGUAUGUUUUUCAGGUGGCAUCGGUAUAGCUUUACCAAUGUUGGAGCAAAUUAUCAACAUAGUUGGAGCAUUUUUCUAUUCCAUUCUCGGUUUGAUCAUACCUGGCAUCAUUGAGACGGUCUUCCGUUGGGAGAAUCUUGGCAAAUACAACUGGAUAUUAUGGAAGAAUAUUUUAAUUAUCCUAUUCGGCUUAGGCAGUUUAAUAUCAGGAUGCAUUGUUACUGUAUUUGACAUAAUUGAAAAACUUAAUAGCAAAAUUGAAUAAAAUAACUUUUGCGAAUAAUUUUAUUUAUUACAUGUCAACGUUUGCCAUAAGGAGGCUUAAAACUAAUGAA